CAUUACUAGGUCGCAUCGUAUCAUCCAUUACUUAUCUCCAGACACUAUGAAACCCUUUCAGCGUUUAUACCAACCAGCUGUGGAAGAUACCGGGGAAGUAGAAGACAGGGAGAGGUACCGGCUGGGUGGAUAUCACCCAAUUCAUUUCAAUGAUAACCUGGGACCUAACGAACGAUUUAAUGUCAUUCAUAAACUCGGGUGGGGCGUGAGCUCUACUGUGUGGCUAUGUUUCGACAAAGAGUCUAGGUACUACAGGUCAGUCAAGGUCAUGACUGCAGACGAAUCAGUAGAAGACUGUCCAGAACUUCACAUAAUGAAAGCCUUCGGUGACAUUAGCCACCGAGAACUCGAAGAUAAUCAUAUCAUUAUACCGCAUGAAUACUUCUGGAUCCAGGGGCCUAAUGGUCGCCAUCUUUGUCUAGUUUCGGACCUCCUUGGCCCAAGCUUAUUUAGGAAUUCGCCUCUCGGCACCGGAAUCUAUACCCCGGAUAUUUUAACAAACUUGACGUAUCAGGUCAGCAAGGGACUACAGUAUCUUCAUAAGAAAGGAAUUUGCCACGGAGGUAGGUACCCGACUCUAAGAACUACCUAAGCGUAUAAGAAAUAAUAUUAACGUGAUAAGACCUAAGGCCAAGCAACAUACUUAUGCAGUUACAUCAGUAUAGUUUGAUGGAAUUACCUGAUAGUCGGCUCUAUAG